AUGAAGACGUUCAAACACCUCACGAUAACUGGCGCCACGCCCACUCUGCGCCGCGAAACUCGGUACCUGAUGCACCUUCUGCUCACCCUCGAGCGCGCGCCGUACGACACGCGACUCAACCUAGAGUUUGUCUCCCUCGCACACAUGCGUCAGCUUAACUACAAGUACAAGGGCUCAGAUCGGGCCACUGAUGUCCUCACCUUCACCCCGGUAGGGAAGGCGGGCAGCUUUGUGAAUGAUCUUCUCUUCAGCGAUUUUCUGGAGAGAGGCGACGGCAACAAGGACACAGGAGCCACGCUGACCACCUCACCUACGUGUGCUGGGGCGGUAGGGGCUGAGCCGAACGCCCUGACGCAGUCCAUCAUCCGCGCUGAGCUGCUCGACCUCGGCAACAUUUUUGUGUCACUCGAUUAUAUGCGCCUGCGAUGCCGUCGUUACCCCUCCACUACUCUUCCCCUGGCGCCCUACCUCCAUGCGGCGCUUGUGCACGCUACACUGCACGCGCUGGGCUACGACCACACGAGUCCCGCCCUCCUCCAACAAAUGGUACGGAGGGAGCAGCAGCUCGGUCGACAGCUGGCGAUGAUCGCGCGCCAGCAUCCGAGGUGCCUUCCUCCGCUUAAUAUGUGGGAUACAAUGUGA